AUGCCUUAUCCUAUAAGUGUUUCAGCAAUUGAUACGACGUUGCUUACGCGGAAUGAAGCACGCAAACUUCGGAGACUUGAAUUAAAAAAGUAUCAAGCUUACGAAAUUAUUGCAAAAUUUGAAGGAACAUCACUUGAACAAUUGUUUUCACCAGAACCUACGCGAUAUUUAUGCUUAACCAAUCUUUGUUUCGGUGGAGUCGGAGGUAUUACAACAGAACAAGUGUCAGAAAUAUUUAACACCUUUGAUGGUUUAGCAGGAAUACGUUUGACCCAUGGAAAGCCGUAUUCGUUUGCAUUAUUUAAUUCCACAGCUUCUGCUUUACAUGCUAGGGAGACUCUUCACAAUAAACCAUGCGAAUUUCUAAAUGGUAAAGUUCUCUUUAUUGAAUUUGAGUUCAUAUCAGUUGAAUUAGAAAAAAGUAUAUUACAAGAUAUAUAUUCAAACACCGCAUGGAUCUCUGUUCAAGACCGUAGUGUAAUACAUUUUGGUUACUCAUUUAAUUAUGAUUCGAAUGAAGUUGGUUUGCCAUCACUUCAAUUUCCACCUUAUGUGAAUUUACUUCUUGAAAAGAUAAGGAAGUUAUACCCCUUUAUAUCAAAUAUGGAACAAUUGACAGUGCAACAUUAUCCAAUUGGUACUGGGAUUCCACCUCAUGUAGAUAGUCAUUCUUCGUUUGGACCAAUUGUUUUGGCAUUUAGUCUUGAAAGUCCAGUGAUUAUGGAAUUUAAAAACCUUCAAACCGGAGUCAUUGUAAAUAUAGAUUUACCAGAAAGAUCUUUAAUGAUUCUUAAAGACGAGGCACGAUAUACUUGGAGUCAUGCUAUAAGGGCAAGAAAAAGUGAUUUAUUAGAGGAUGGACGAGUCAGAGAACGAAAUAAAAGAGUUUCUUUAACUCUUAGAACAAUCAACCCUGAAAGAAUUUGCUAUUGUAAAUGGCCUAAUUUAUGUGAUCGCAACAUAGCUCAUUUGAAAAAAGAUUCAUGA